CCGCCAGCUGCCACCGGUGCUGGACGUGUCUCGCUCGCUCUUUUAUACCGGCAUAUGAAUCGCUACCGAAUUACGCGUCCAUUUUCACCGUCCCGGAUUUUUGUACUGGAUUUAGUGUUAGCCUUUGUUUGUCCGCCCUUACAUUUAUUUAUGCGGUGUUAUUAGAUUUGUUUCUGUGCUAGUCAGCGUGUAAUUAACAAGUGUAUAUUAGACGUUAUUUUUAUAAGAAUUUUUAUUAGUGCAUACGUGUAAGUGUUAUAGUAUAUAAUAGUGUUAGUGUCGUGGAAUGGAUACGUUUUGUUAACCGUCUGUAUAAUGUCGAAGACUUUGAACGCAUAUAGAAUAAAGAAGAUCGAAUCGCUGGGCAGAAUGACGGCUAUGACGCAGGAGGAGAUGGUGGCCGGCGCGAGGACGGUCGCCGCCGGCCUGGAGGCGCUGCGAGCGGAGCACACACAGCUGCUGGCCGGCCUCGCAGCCAACACCGACCAUGAACAUGAGAAGGCGGCUCUCGUCAGGAAAAGCAUUGAUGCCAUUGAGCUGGGGUUGGGAGAGGCGCAGGUGAUGGUAGCGCUCGCGUCCCACCACCAAUCGGUCGAGGCCGAGAAGCAGAAGCUGCGCACGCAAGUGCGCCGCCUCUGUCAGGAGAACGCCUGGCUCCGGGACGAGCUGGCCGCCGCCCAGCAGCGGCUGCAGGCCUCCGAGCAGAGGGUCUCGCAGCUGGAGGAGGAGAACAAGCACCUGGAGUUUAUGGCGUCCAUACGCAAAUACGAUAGCGACAUAACAGAGGAGAACGACACAAGCCGAAGCGGGCAGGCGGACAGCAAGCGGGACGACCCCAUGGUCGAUCUGUUCCCGGACGAUGACCACGAGGACAAUAGGAAUAAUAAAUCCAUGUCCCCGACACCGCCGUCCCAAUUCGCGCAGCAAGUGAACGUCGGCUACGAGAUACCGGCUCGGCUCCGAACAUUGCACAACCUGGUGAUACAGUACGCGUCGCAGGGCCGGUACGAGGUGGCGGUGCCGCUGUGCAAGCAGGCCCUGGAGGACCUGGAGAAGACCUCUGGCCACGACCACCCCGAUGUUGCCACCAUGCUGAAUAUACUCGCUCUGGUGUACAGGGAUCAAAAUAAAUACAAAGAAGCCGCGAAUCUACUGAACGACGCUCUGUCCAUCCGCGAGAAGACGCUCGGCGAGAACCACCCGGCCGUGGCCGCCACUUUGAACAAUCUGGCAGUCUUGUACGGAAAACGAGGCAAGUACCGCGAGGCGGAGCCGCUGUGCAAGCGCGCGCUGUGCAUCCGCGAGGCGGUGCUCGGCCGCGACCACCCGGACGUCGCCAAGCAGCUCAACAACCUGGCGCUGCUCUGCCAGAACCAGAACAAAUACGAGGAGGUGGAACAGUACUACCAGCGCGCGCUCGAAAUAUACGAGAGCAAGCUCGGCCCCGACGACCCCAACGUGGCCAAGACGAAGAACAACCUCGCGUCCUGCUAUCUCAAACAGGGCAAGUACAAAGAAGCGGAGACGUUAUACAAGCAAGUGUUGACGCGGGCACACGAGAGGGAAUUCGGAACUAUUGAUGGCGACAACAAACCGAUCUGGCAAGUGGCAGAGGAAAGGGAGGAAAAUAAACAUUUGCAGAAGGAAAACGCUCCGUACGGGGAGUAUGGCGGUUGGCACAAAGCUGCUAAGGUGGACUCGCCUACAGUGACCACCACGCUGAAGAACCUCGGCGCCCUCUACCGGCGUCAGGGCAAGUACGAAGCGGCCGAGACAUUAGAGGACUGCGCGUUGCGCAGCCGGAAGGAGGCGUUGGACAUGAUGAAGGCGUCGCGCGGGCGCUCGGCGCGCGGCCGCGACGCGCUCGAGCCGGAGCACCACGAAGAGAUCACGGGCACGAACCAAGCAAGCGAACCACGCAUGAAUCUUAAAUCGAAACUUUUCAAUGCGCUAGGUAUCAACACGGGGAAUGCGCCGCACCAGUAGCCUAGACAUAGACAUAGCCUAGAUUUAAGUUAUAGAUGCCUAUUUUAAGUGCUCACUCGCUUAUCGCGUGAAUUCUUUACACUUUGGAUGUUUCAAAUUAUGUCGUCAUUUUUUUUAGCGAGACAAAUGCAGAUUUACAAUACAUAUACAAAUAUACGGUCAUUUUACAUAAUAACGUGCGUUAUAAAAUAUUUUUCCAAAGUUCGCUCAUUAAAAAGAGAAUUCACGCUUCACACUCACUAAAGCCCGCCUUUUUGUAUUUUGUAGAUUAUAAUUAUUAUCAUUGUACGUCUUAUUAUUUUUAGCAUGGUAACCUUAGUUCACUAUAAAACGCAAAAGGACGGGCUCUCAUAGCAUAGAUUUAUUUAUUAGCAUGUGUUAGGAUAAAUAAGAACAAAAAAAAUAACAAAAAUAUAUUGUUUAAAUAAUCAUAUUAUAUACCGUCCCGAUGAGAAUAUAUAAAUAUAUAUGGAUAAAAUGCAGUUAUGUUUUAAUUUCAUGACAUUUAGCAAAUGCAUCUCCAAAAUAUUGCUAUCGCAUCAAUCGAAUUUGCAUUUAUCUGUGGCGUAUUUUGAGGUUAUAUUAUAUUUUGUAGUCUGUGUGUUGAAACAACGAUUUUAUUUUAUUUGCUUAUUUUAAAAUCAUUUUGCUGAUAUAUUUUUAUGGUUGAAUGUGUUCUACGUAGUUGAGAAUGCAUGUGAUUUUAUUGUAAACGUCGGAUUUUGUGUAUUAUAAUUAUCUAUGCAGCCGGGAUUUUUUAAUCUGUUUUAAAUGUCAUUAUUUUUAUUAAUCUUCAUUCCAGUGUAGCGUAUGUUUCGGUAUAAGCUUUAUGUUAGAGAUUUUAAAAUAUAGUAUUUUUUAUAUAAUUGAUAUUUUAAUUUUAUCCGUACGUGGAUGCUUGAGAAUUUAAAGUUUUUAAUACGAAAAAUGAUCGCAAAAAUAAAUAUACGAAGAAUCUCUGUAUUUCUAUAUCCCAUGUCACAAUAGUACUAAACCGCGUCGUCGAAUGAUAAUUUUUAAUUGUUAAUAAAUAUUUAUAUAACAGAA